UUUUCUUUAUUUGUUACAUUAUUUUAUAAUUUGAAAAUUUCUAAUUUUACAACCUGAAAUAAUUAAUCAAUUGCAUAUUUAAUAUAAAUUUUUACAAUAACUACAUAAUUCCAAUACAAAAUUUAUAAAACGGUACAUUUAUCAUCGGCUCUUUUUUAUGGCAAUUUCAGUAUAUUCGUUUGCAAAUGCAAAGCAUAAUCAUAACUAUCGAGACAUUGGACAAUCAUAUCCUAUAAUUACCUGUCUUUUUUUAUCCACCUUAUAUGUUUUGGGACUCUAUUUAUGGCCUAAUAAAUACUUGAGAGAUGACCCAGUAGUUAUCAAAUAUAGAUUUUUCAGCGUUUUGCUUACUUGUUUGAUCUCACCUAUUUUUAUAUGCUGGCACAUAUCAAAUAAAUCAGAUAUUCUCAUACAUUUGGGCAUAAGAAAAUCUGGAUUGAUUGCUGCAAUAUUUAUUCCAUUAUUCACAUUGUUUUUAUUAUUUUUAGGACCAAUAUAUUUGUGGUUUUUAGAGAAUAAAGAAAAAGAAUAUCAUAAAUAUUAUAGCAAAAUUUCAAUCUAUGGUCUUAGAAAUUAUAUAAUUGCACCUUUAACAGAAGAAUAUAUUUUUCGAUCUUGUAUUGUGAGUAUUCUCUUGACCUAUCACACUCAUUCCAAAACUAUUUUUAUAGCCUCUUUCAUUUUUGGUUUAGCACAUUUUCAUCAUAUAUUUGAAAAUAUCAACAAAGGAAUCUCAUUAAAUAGGGCACUUAUUAUAUCUUGUUUCCAAUUUAUUUACACAACAAUAUUUGGGGCAUAUUCAACAUUUGUGUUUAUUAUUACAGAUGUUGAUUACAAGACAUUAUAAUAAGUAUAAGGUAAGAGAUAAAGUAACAAUUAAGAAAUUGGAGAUCACCUGAUGUCCUGCUUUGUCAUACAUGCCUUCUGCAACAUUUUAGGGUUUCCUGAUUUAAAUAGAAUAUAUUACUAUCAUGAUCUUAAACAAAGAAAAAUUCUGAAGUAUCUUUUGGUUUUGGGAUUCUUGGGAUGGUUAUUUGCUACCAAAACUUUACUAAAGCCACAAUUUUUCCAAAAUGAAAGAAUUUAUUGAUCACAUUUUAUAUAUUAUUUUCAUAUUGCAAAUAUAAAUAAAAAGAUAGAACACCUUAAAAUUAACCCUUGUAUAUUAAAUUUAAA